AUGGCAAACACCGACCAAGAAAUUGCUCCACUAAAUGAAAACAACGACCAACCCAAAGAUUCAGCAAUUGAUAUCCCUGAAGAAGACUUAGAGCCUGCGCCUGAGUGCAGUAUUUACAAGGUCCCUAGUUGUUUUCGUGAAGCAAACCAAAAAGCCUACAUUCCUCAGUUGAUUUCAAUAGGGCCUCUUCAUCAUGGUAACGAAAAUUUGGCUACAAUGGAACGGAAAAAGCUGAGAUAUUACAAGAAAUUUUCAGAAAGGACUUGUGAGAAGACAUUGAAACAAUUUGAGAGCUACAUCGAAGAUCAUGCAGAAGGUAUAUGUAGGUGUUAUGAAAUCCAGUGUAUUCUUUUGUUAGAGGCUCCCAAGUUUAAGAAGAUAAUAUUACAUGAUGCAGUUUUUAUAAUUGAGCUCUUCUUGAGGGAAAGUGAAAAUUAUUCCGACGAUGACUUCUUAAGCCGCAAAGCAUUGUUAAGUGUCGAACUUCCAACAGAUUUGAUGUUACUUGAAAAUCAACUCCCGUUGUUUGUCCUUAAAGAACUAUAUAACCUAGCAUUUCCUAACUCUGGUAUCUCUUUUCUCGAACUUGCUUGUUGGUACUUCGAUAUCCAUACUGAUCGAUCAUUGAAAGAAAAAGAGAUUAAACAUUUUACGGAUUUAAUUAGAUACCAAGUAGUGAGUAAUCGUCCGCGAAACAUUGAUCGGUCGAGAAUCCACAAUAUCUACAAUGCAUCGAUGUUGCAUGAGGCUGGUGUGAAGUUUACUGGUGUUAAAAGUGGUAUAUUUAAGAUUGGUAGGAGUACAAUUAAUAAUACUAUAAACAGCUUGCUUGACGUAGACUUUGAGAAGGGAGAGCUAAAACUCCCAGCUAUUGAUGUAGCGUAUGAAAGUGAGACUCGUUUCAGAAAUCUGAUGGCUUUCGAACAAUGUCACUAUCCACAUAAGGCUCACUUUUGUAGUUAUAUUCAAUUACUAGACUCUCUUGUUGACACUAGUGAAGAUGUAGAUUUACAGGAGUACGAAAGCAGAAUGAGAGCACAUGAUUUGAGCUCUUCUUCCAGAGUUGCACAGAAUGGGUACUUAUUGGAUGAGGGGGCAGGGCUGUUUUCUAUUUGA